AUGCUAUUAUUCAAAAGAAAGAAAAAAGAGAGCGAACCCAGAAAAAUAGAGGAACAAAUAACAAAUACGAAAACCAUAUACGAUAACAUAGAAAUAAAUAUGCAACUCUCCAGACUGGAGAAGGCAAAAGUGCUCACAACUGCCCUGAGGCACUAUGUGAGAAAUAAACAUAUCAAAGCUCACGCUGAUGGGCUCCUGGCGGAGACACCAGAGGACAACGUCAUUCAGUUCUUAUACCCUGUGUUGGGACUGCUUGACUGCAGUGCAUGCCGAAGGGAACAGCGAAUCUCAACAUUCGCCGCACCUGAAGCUGCACAGGUGCACGUUGAAGCGAACCACCCCAAGCUAACCAUUCAAUGGAAAUGCCGAGACUGUACGAGGAUAUUUCCAGGUUGGAAGAACAUCAUCCAACAUCCUCGAUACUGUAAAAGAGAGGCGCCAAUCGAGAUUGGUGAAUUCCAGUGCGAGCAAUGCCCCCGAAAAUUCUCCACUAAAACUGGCAGAUCUUUACACCAGAAAAGCGCGCAUCCAGUCGAGCGUAAUAUCGCAAGACUGGAAAGCGCGCAAAAGCCGGUAGCGAAGCCCCCUAGACGCGUCCAGGGUGGCUGGACAGAAGAUGAGGAAGCAAGGCUCGUGGAACUGGAACCCCAAUAUCGAGGCGAGUACUAUAUCAACAAGUUACUCCAGCCUCACUUUCCCGGUAGGACCGUAAAGCAAAUAUCUGACAAACGUCGGAAUAUUGCUGAAAGGAAUAUGCGAAGGGAUAGGGAAGCGAACAACGAAAAUGCAGAACAAGCCCCACACCCACUUGGGUUACCUGAAGCACCUUUACCGAAUAUAGAGACAACAUAG